CCCGUUGUCUUCAGUUGUAAAUACGGAAGAAAGAAAAUAGAAGAUAACGAAGAGGAAAUCGAAAGUCUCCGCACCACAGAGAAGGUUUGAUCCGAAUUAAAAUGGCGACCUCUCGAGCGAUCUACGCCGUAAUAGCGAUCCUCGCGAUCGCGAUCGCAGCCGUCGAAGCUGGGGAGGACUACGGGGCUGCGCUGGGGCUCGUCCGCGCCGGAUCCUCGCUCUCCGGCUGCAGAGGAUCGAUCGCGGAGUGUCUAGCGGAGGAAGAAGAGCUCGAGCUGGACUCGGAGAUCAGCAGGCGCAUAUUAGCGACGAACAAGUACAUCAGCUACGGUGCGCUGCAGAGGAACAGCGUGCCCUGCUCCCGGCGCGGCGCUUCGUACUACAACUGCCGGAGAGGAGCUCAGGCGAAUCCGUACAGCCGCGGUUGCAGCACCAUCACCAGGUGCAGGCGUUGAAACCCUCAGACUUAAAUGAUCUGAAUUUACUGUUUUGCCCUUCUUCUCAUUCUUCUGUGUCUGCUCUCUUUUUUUUUUAUCUUUUGUUUUUUAUUUCAUUUUUUUUUUCUUUCGAUUCCGGGAAUAUGGGGUUUGAGAUUCGGGGAAAAAAAAAAAGAACACACACUAUAUAGUAUUGUUUUAAAAGAAUAUGAACUUCCUGCUGCUGUUUUUGCUCUGUAUGUAUAUACAUAUUGUUAUUGUUUGAUCUUUUUCGUAAUUUCGUA